UCCGCCCGACGCCGUGGGCCCCUGCGGACGCGCUCGCUGCCCGGGGCGCCGGGGGCCUGGCCGCUGCGAGGCCCCCCGGCCGCAGACCGGGGGAACAAAAAAAAAAAAAAACCACCAAAGAACACCAGUGGGAGAACACAAAAGCUGCUGGAAAGAGACUUAGAGCUGUGUGCAGCCAUGUAUAUGCAUGGUGCUGAGAACACUAUGAAGCUGGUGCAAGCGUAUUCCUGAAGGAUACGAUGGCUGAAAACAGUCUGAAAGUGCUAAAGAUUCAGCAGUGUGUAGCAGCCAGCAAACUCCCUAGAAGCAAGCCAUACAUUUGCAAUAUUUGCUUCAAGCACUUUGAAACACCAUCAAAAUUAGGUAGGCAUUAUCUCAUUCAUACUGGUCAGAAGCCAUUUGAAUGUGAUGUGUGUCAUAAGACCUUUAGACAACUAGUUCACCUGGAGCGGCACCAGUUAACUCAUAAUAUGCCUUUUAAAUGUAGCAUUUGCCAACGCCACUUUAAACAUCUGAAGACAUUCAUGAAGCACCAACAGCGUCACAAUGAGACCUAUCAGAACGAUGUCAAGCAGGCCCGAAGACUGAUGGAGGCCAAGCAGGAAAAGCCAGCAAGCGGCGGCUACGGGACUUUGCCCCCGGAGGAGAGAUGGGCCUUAGCCCCAUGCUCCAAAUCCGAUCCUGAGUACAGCACCGGGAAACGAAGGAAGAGCAUUCAUGCGUGUGCCAUCUGUGGCAAGAUAUUUCCGUCGCAGUCAAAACUCGAUAGGCAUUCACUUAUUCACACUGGGCAGAAGCCUUUUAAGUGUCUCCUGUGCAGUAAGUCUUUCCGGCAGUCAGGGCAUUUAAAAAUCCACCAGCUCACACAUUCAGAAGAAAGACCUUUCCAAUGUUGUUUUUGUCAAAAGGGAUUUAAGGUUCAAAGCAAACUUCUGAAGCAUAAGCAAAUCCAUACUAAGAGCAAGACAUUUCAGGCUCUUGCAUCAAAGUUGAGGAGUUCAGAGUCCUACUUCCUGCCGCACACAUUAAAUGUCAAGCAGGAAGGUUUUGAGAAUGGCAGUGUGGGUGAGUCCGAGGGGAAUAACCCACCUGAGGUCCACUCUAUUUAUAUCGUCCCUUUUCAGUGUUCCGAGUGUGAAGAAUGCUUUGAAUCAGAGCAGAUUCUCAAAGGACACCAGUGUUUUCCUGCCAGAAGGGGCAAAACGCCACGUAGGCUCAAAAAAACCUACAACUAUAAAACCAUUGUAAAAAAAAUCUUGGCUAAGCUUAAACGUGCUGGGGGUAAAAAAAGAGGGAACGGUCCAUCAGAGAGAAAAGCAUUUAAAAGUAGUUUCCUGAAAACUUGUGGUAAGUCUAGUCAGCAGAAUUCUGAACAAACUAAGAGAAGAAUUCUGGGUUCUCCUGGCAGGCAGGGGCUGUAUAGGAGAAUUGGCAAUAAAAAGAAGAAAGCACCGACUUUGCCGUUUUCUUGGCAAAAGCAGUUCCAGAACCAAAAUAGGGGGGAAUGUUUGAAAGAUAUCCUUACAUCAUCAGAGAGCCGAUUAACUAUGGGUAGCUCUGUGACUAAUAAAGACUUGUCAGUUUAUGGUUCAUCAGGAGAGGAGUUCUUCAGUAACUGUCAAGUGUUUCAACACUGUGGUUUCCCAGUUCCAAGUGAGAACAUACUUACUGGACAUAAGAUAUAUCCUUGUGAUAAAUGUGAGAAAGCGUUCCCUUCUCUUUCUAAGCUACAGAGACACUAUUUAAUCCAUACUGGACAGAGGCCUUUUGGCUGUAAUGUUUGUGGGAAAUCUUUCAGACAGUCAGCUCACUUAAAAAGACACCAAGAGACUCAUAUUGAAAAGAAUCUCUAUAGAAGAUCAUUUUACCAGCUAGACUUUGAAAUGUUGAACAGUUUUUAUCCCUCCAGUGGUGAUAGCUAUAAUGCUUCCCAGCAUCAGGCUUUCGGUUUUCAGACCUAUGAGGUUUCACAGUCGAAUCAAUUAUCAGAGAUGGGAGUGAAGCCAGAAACCGAGGAUUUCAUUCUGGUUGCCUAUGGCGGAAGCGAGCGGCCUUUCCUCCCCAGUGCACUCUGGUCCGAGCAGAGUCAUUUCAGCGGCUACCCAGGGUAUCCGGAGAAAAAUGAUGGUCUCCUUUACCCGUGCAGCGUGUGCUGUAAGAGUUUCCGGUCUCCAUCUAAGCUUGAGAGACACUAUCUCAUUCACGCGGGGGAGAAACCUUUUGAAUGCUCAGUUUGUGGCAAAAGGUUCAGGCAGGCCCCGCACUGGAAGAGACACCAGCUCACCCACUUCAAAGACCGCUCGCAGGAGAAGGCCGCCACCAGCGACCCGGCUGUGUGACCGCGGGCGCUCGGGCUCUCCAGACGCCUGCCUUGGGGGGGUCUCCCGGGCGGUCAUCUGCCCUGCGUAGUGAGAGCGAGGUGGAUAGGAAAGGUAGUGUUUUAGAAAUCGCAGUUGAAAUUGUAGAGGGAAGGGUAUGGCUUGUGUCAUUCAGUAAGCAUUUAUUUUCAUAUUAUAAACAUACUUUGGCUCUGCUGAGAACCCCGUGGUGUCCGCAAGCUGCAGUGCAUCCCACUGUGUUUGCUUUUACAAAGGAGAGUAGUUUUCAUCUGUGGCUCAAAUUACUUUGCAAGACAUUGUUCUUCUCAUAGGUUUAAAAGUCCUAGAGAUACAGGCGAAAGGGAGAAGAAUCUUUUGCACUGGUCUUUUCAAAGCUGGUCUUGGACUGGCUGUUUGACCAGUGAUCUACCAAGUGGCGGUUCUGUUUUUCCCCGUUUUGUCAGGAUCACUGUUGUAAUUCCCAGAAGAACUUAAAAGUAGGAGAGAGGCUGGUUUGUGCUCACACACGUUUCCCAUGGCUCUUUCCUGGAGUGUUUUCUGAAUGUCCCAAUUGUCUUGGUAACGUGUGCGGCUUUGCUUUUCUGAGGAACGCUUGCGGUUCGUCUGUGUGCUUGCUGGUUGGGAGCCCUGGCCACAGAUAAGCUUGUCUAGAGCGGCAUUUGCGGGACUUGGCUUUACUGUGGAGCAUUCUUUCGACUUGCCUAAGCCUAUCCUACUGAGCCUGAGAAAAUGGCAUGACUUUAUCUAGUUUUAGGUUUCAUUCCUCAUGCAGUUGCAAGAUGCUAACGCUAAGAGUUUAUUUGAUCCUUACAGCAUUUUUUUCAUUAAUAAGGUAAUCAUCCCAAUAUAGGAAUUAGAUGCUUAUAGAAUCCAAGGUGUUAUUUUUCUUAAUAGAGUGAUCAUGAUUUGGAAGCAUUUUAAUCCUAACUGUAAGAGACUUUUUCAUAACUACACAAUCAAGCUUCGUGUUUGCCAUACUUUAAGAAAUCUUUAAGAAUGACUUUCUAGCAAUAAAAAAAAGUUCACCAUUGUGUUUCUAAAGUGACGAGAACAGCAUACUUCAGUCUGGGGGAAACCCUCCAUUGAGAUGUGGGUAAGUGGAUGGUUGUAUGUUUGCAUCAUGUUCUGAGAACUGUCUUGUGAAGGGGUGGGAGGGAGGAGGAAGGGUUUUGUCUGCUUGCUUUAUCCCAAGUGAUUUUUUUAAGUAAGUUGGGUUUAAUUUAUAGAGUAGGAAUAUGACUGAUUAAAUUGCCCAAAUGAUGUACAAAUGUGCCUGUUUUGUUUUUUUGUUGUUGUUUUUAAAGGCGAAGCAUUUAUCUAAAACAGAGGAAAAUCACAUGCUUUAAUUUCCCUGUGUUUGAGAUAUGUUUCUCCAGUAUGAGCAAGACAUGGUUAACAAUAUUUGCUUUGCACAAAAUUCUUCAAGAAUACAUCUGUUACGUAAAGGCAGAGAAUUACUAGUUCCUAUUUCUGAGAUGAAAAGCUCAAAAAUUAUUUGCUUAGUGUAUCAGAAGCUACAGAUGUUGGCAUUUUUCUAAGCUAUUUAUAUAAUUUUAUUCAAAGAACAUGUCUUACUCCCUUCCUGACCUAGACAGGGAGAGUUGAGUGUUAUGUUUGUGUGACUAUGAGACUUUAUUUGCCUAAGUGAUAUACUUUCCUUUGGCCCAUGCCUAUUUAAGCUGUUUCAUAUUGAAAGUUGGAAUAUUGUAAAAAAUUUUGUCAAAGAUGUACUGUAGUGCUAUUUGAAGUACCUGUAACAAAAUACUUAUUUUCCUUUAUUAUCAUUGCAAGCUUCAUAUGGAAAUUUUAUAGGAAUGAAGAGAAAACAGACGUUAAGUAAUGGUUUGCCGUGUGCUAGAGCUGUAGGUGCUAUGGAAUCAAUUCCUUUGGUUUUCUGGGGAAAAAAAUAAAGAUCACUUGGAUGUCUUGUUUGGAUGA